AUGGCGAGCGCAUCUGCCCUCGCGGGGAGCUCUGCCCUAGGGCUGGGCGCCGUUGGUGGGGCUGGGCCCUGGGGCAGCGCGGCCGGCGGCCCAUCCCGGUAUGUGGCCGGGAUGCAGGAGCUGUUUCGGAGCCAUAGCAAGACUCGUGAAUUCCCGGCGCACAGCGCCAAGGUGCACUCGGUGGCCUGGAGCUGUGACGGGCGACGCCUGGCCUCGGGCUCUUUCGACAAGACGGCCAGCGUCUUUUUGCUCGAGAAGGACCGCCUGGUAAAAGAAAAUAACUACCGAGGUCAUGGGGACAGUGUUGAUCAGCUUUGUUGGCAUCCAAGUAAUCCAGACCUCUUUGUCACUGCAUCUGGGGACAAAACUAUUCGCAUCUGGGAUGUUAGAACUACAAAAUGCAUUGCUUCUGUGAAUACUAAAGGGGAGAAUAUUAACAUUUGCUGGAGUCCUGAUGGGCAGACCAUUGCUGUGGGCAAUAAAGAUGAUGUGGUAACUUUCAUUGAUGCUAAAACCCAUCGUUCAAAAGCAGAGGAGCAAUUUAAAUUUGAGGUCAAUGAAAUCUCCUGGAAUAAUGAUAACAAUAUGUUCUUCCUUACUAAUGGCAAUGGCUGUAUCAACAUUCUCAGCUAUCCUGAGCUGAAGCCUGUGCAGUCCAUCAAUGCCCAUCCUUCCAAUUGCAUCUGCAUCAAAUUUGACCCCACAGGGAAGUACUUUGCCACAGGAAGUGCUGAUGCAUUGGUUAGCCUUUGGGAUGUUGACGAGUUGGUGUGUGUGAGAUGUUUUUCCAGAUUGGACUGGCCAGUCAGAACCCUCAGCUUUAGCCAUGAUGGGAAGAUGCUUGCAUCAGCAUCUGAGGAUCACUUUAUUGACAUUGCUGAAGUAGAGACAGGUGAUAAGCUCUGGGAGGUGCAAUGUGAGUCACCAACGUUCACGGUGGCCUGGCAUCCCAAAAGGCCACUGCUGGCAUUUGCUUGUGAUGACAAAGAUGGCAAAUAUGACAGCAGCCGGGAAGCAGGGACUGUGAAGUUGUUUGGGCUUCCUAAUGACUCUUAAAAGGAAAUUGGGAGGGUCCAGUGUACAGAGGGGAGUACAGACUCCCCAGAGAGGCUGGGGAAAGGCCUGAGAAAGUCAGGUAUCAUUUUGUCUAGUUUAUUUGGUCUGUUUCUCCCUGAGUACGUUCUUCUCCAUCCCUAAACAUCCCAGUAUAAAAAGAAAGUUGUCCCAUGUCCACCCAUUUGAAUAUAAUACGGCUUCUGUUUGCAGUAUUUUUUUGGGGGUGGUAGAGUGGUAGAGUUUCCAUUGUAAUCUGUUAAUGGAAAAGGCACUGAAAUUUAGAAUCAGAGCAGUGGAAAGAAGACUGGAUUUGAGUUUGGAGGUCUCUCUCUGUUCAAAACAUAUUUGUGCUAUUACCUAGAACUUUGCCUCUCUAGGCCUUAAGUUUUCUCAUUUUUAAAAUGUGGGAUUCAGAUGACCCAAGUUCUGUUAUCUUCCUUUCUCAGGGGAUUGCCCUGUGUACUUCAAGAAUCUUAGGAGUUAAAAAAAGAAUCUUAGGAAUUUCUACAGGUAAUUGAAGAGUCUAACCAGUUUUCUCUGUUUUUCCUUAUUGCCUUUAAGUUUGAAGUGUUGUAAAGCUUUGGUAACCUUUGCUGACUAAAAGUAUGAUGGUCUUAAGAGGUGACAAUUUUACUUCCCCAUCAAAGAUGUCGUGGCCCAUACUAGCAGUAACUGUGUCUUGAAUAGAGAUGAAAAAGAAUGGUGCCUUUGUACCACACUCCUAAAAAAUAAUAGCUCCUUCCUCUGUAAAAAGAGGGGGUUGGAUUAGAUGACUUCUAAAUUCCUGUGAUCCAUUUUUAUAGCACUUGGUUUACACAAUAAUUUCCUCAACCCUAAAGGGAAAGGGGAGGUUAUUAUCCCUGUUUUAUAGGUGAUGAAACUGUGGCAUAGAGAGGCUACAUGGCUAGAAGAGUAUUUCUACCUAAGUAACUGUAGGUGGUAUAGCAUGAUUUCAAGAUCCAAGUUGCUACCUCAUUUGGGUAUAUCCCCAUGUGUGAUAUGUGUCGACAGCUCUUCUCUGCUUAUACUCUUUCUACUUGUGGGGGCCAGGGUUGGUAAAGAGGAAUGUAACAUUUUGGGGAAAGUAUUUUUUAAGAAUAAUUUUGAUAUUUCAGCUUUUAAUAAAAGUUAAAAUUU